CUUUUUUAGUAUGCCCCAAAUCCACACAGCUUUUCUACUACUACUACUAACUUUAUGACAACGAUUUUAGCUGUAUCCUAUUCCUCCCAUUCUUGUUAUUCCUUUCUUUGCUCACUCCUUCAAGAAUCCGCUGCCUUUAUUUUUUUCAAGCCUAUAAGUAGUACGGUGUAAUCAAUCUUUCUUAGCUUAGCAAAACUGGUGUGUAGUGAUAGUAAAAGAAAGAGGGAGAUAGGGAAGGCAGGACUCAGGAGAGAAGAGAUCCAGCAGCAGUAGCAAGUUGUGAGAGUAAGAUGGCAGAUUGGGGGCCGGUGGUAAUAGCGGUGGUGCUGUUCGUGCUGUUGAGUCCAGGGCUGUUGAUUCAGUUACCGGGGAGAUCAAGAGUGGUGGAGUUCGGAAACAUGCAGACAAGUGGGCUGUCGAUACUGGUUCACACCAUCAUCUUCUUUGGCCUCAUCACCAUUUUUCUCAUUGCCAUUGGGGUUCAUAUCUACACCGGCUAGACCAAACCACACCAAUCCGCCCCCCAGCUAGCUUCUUCUUCUUCUAUAAACGUUUUUUCCUAUUGCUGUCUCUGUCUGUCCACAGAUAUCUUGAUUUCUUAAUUUCUUCUUGUUUGCUGGUGUAGUUUGACUGGGUUGAGCCCCUGAAGCUGCACGGGAUUUUAUCGUGUUCUCAUUGGGGAGGGGGCCACUGUGUGGUUGGUCUGCUUUAAUUUGCUUUCGUUCAGUAAUCGGUGUUGUUUUGGGCUUUUCAAGUGCAUUUCAAUAGAUAGUUUUUGCAAUCUAUAUACUGCUGCCGUGCUACGUUACUAGUAUCAAAAAAGCAGCUGCUACUUCAAAGUUCUUGCA